AUGCAGAUUCCUUCAACGCAUUGCUUCAUGGCUGUGUACCUCACGCUGUUUGGAUACAUUGGGGACGUUUACGCGGGGACAGUUCUGAUGAACUCCAACGCCAUCAAAAACUUACCCGGUGCUUCGGGUAGCAAAGGCACUGACACUGUCAGUCCUAGUCCGCGCACCUCGCCCUCCGGUGGCAUGGGACACAAAUUAUCUGUUGACACCUUGCAGGUAAUUAGCGUUUGCACGGACGAUGAAGAGUGCGGAGGUGAUGAAUUCUGCAACGAUGCCAGAGGCGUCUGCCUGCCCUGCCGUAAGACCCGAAAGCGCUGCGCACGAGAUUCCAUGUGUUGUGCAGGAAACCGCUGCAGUAAUGGUGUUUGUCAGCCAAAUGACAUUGAUGGUACAGAUGCACCCAUCACCACUGGUUGGCACUUACACAACGGCACCAUGGAGCAUCAUACCAAGAGGCCCCCCUCUACCCAUGGCCACCAGGCUCAGUCUGUGAAAGGUCAAGAGGGGGAUAACUGCCUGAGAUCUGCAGACUGCUCUGAGGGUCUGUGCUGUGCCAGACACUUCUGGUCCCGUAUCUGUAAGCCAGUGCUGACGGAGGGACAGGUGUGCACGCGCCACCGCAAGAAAGGCACCCAUGGCUUGGAGCUGUUCCAGCGCUGCGACUGUGGUGAUGGUCUGGCCUGCAGACCAGAGAAAGGAGAGCGAGACCACAGUGUCAGCAGGACUGCAGCCCGGAACCUACACACCUGUCAGAGACGCUGA